GUUUGCGGGCCCCAUGUGUCAGCACUGGUUGAGCUGCUGCAUAGCCACAGCUGUGCCCUCAUCGACAGCGUUUACUCUGGAUCCGCAAACCCGAACACCAGGCCUGAUCCCUUUCUCGCCAGAUCUCGGCUAAUAUUUAGAUGUGUAUGAUGCUGGGUAGUAAGGCUAUCGCAGUGUACCUACACGUAUGAGGAUGUCUCCAAAAAUGUCGAUAUAUCGUUAACUCCUCGUAUAAUCAAUGAGAAAUCGUGGCAAAGACCUUGCUUUAAUGGAAACUGAAGUAUUCAACGCUCGCUAUUCCAGCAGUUCUUGGUAGCUUGCUUGCUAGCUUGGGCUAACCAACGAGCCAGCAGAUUGUUUUCAAAGUCUCGAAUUUGUGGCUGCCUCUGAAGGCCCUUGGUCUGCAAUGGGAAUUCUUUUUACGAAGUUAUGGAGGCUGUUUAAUCACCAAGAGCACAAGGUCAUCAUUGUAGGCCUGGACAAUGCAGGGAAGACGACCAUUCUUUAUCAGUUCUCAAUGAACGAGGUUGUGCACACCUCGCCGACAAUAGGCAGCAAUGUGGAAGAGAUAGUGGUCAACAACACCCAUUUCCUCAUGUGGGACAUUGGAGGGCAGGAGUCCCUGCGCUCGUCAUGGAACACUUACUACACAAACACAGAGUUUGUGAUCGUGGUGGUUGACAGCACAGACAGAGAGAGGAUCUCCGUGACCAGAGAGGAGCUGUACAGAAUGCUUGCACAUGAAGACCUGAAGAAGGCCGGCUUGUUGAUCUUUGCCAACAAACAAGACGUGAAGGGUUGCAUGACCGUGGCGGAGAUCUCUCAGAGCCUGCAGCUCACCUCGGUGAAGGACCACCAGUGGCACAUCCAGGCCUGCUGCGCUCUCACUGGCGAAGGGUUAUGCCAGGGCCUGGAGUGGAUGAUGUCACGGCUGCGAGUGAGAUGACCUCUGACCCCUUAGUGUGCAGUGGGUUUACUCUCUGAUGUGCAGGCGUGACGACGGGGGGCCGGCUGCUGCUCAGCUCACUGUGAAGGUGACACAGUGACGUCACCAGGACUCAUGGUUUUAUUUAUUUACAGAUCACUGCUCAGAUUAAGAACUGUGAACAACCACAACACCACAUGCAGCAACAACAACAAACAAAAAACAAAAAAAACUAAAACAAAAACAAGUCCCAGACUCUAGACUUUCAGGAUCAAUGAAUUCACACCAACCCCAAACCCCUGUGUUUUGUUUUGAAUUUUUUUUUUGUUUUUGUUUUUUUUUGGUCUUGAUUUCAUUUGUUUUGUUUUUCCUGCACGGUUUUACCCUGUCAUUAAGAAAGGAGGAGGGGGAGAGAUGAGAAAAAAAAGAUGAGAAUGAGAAUGGAUCAAACCGUAGAUGCAGAGAAGAGAGCUUUGGAGACGACUGAGACCCGGAUGAGCGUACAUGCCUGUCUGGAGUGGCCUUGCAGUACUGCCAGCCUGCUGGAGAUCUUGUUGCCCUGUGUGUGCAGUCCAGUAUUUGCAUUAACCUUGUGCCUGCAUCAGAGCCUUUAGGCAUUGAGGGCUGAAGAGACAAGCUCAGAGCGAAGAGGGGAAAAAGUCCUUCUCUCUGCUCAUGUAAAAAAUACAGUGAAAUAAAGUGUUUUUAUCUGUCA